AUGUGUCCAUCCGUUAAUAAUUGUGGUCUUCAGCUCGUUAUCCAGACCUCAUCAAUAACAGAUAAAAGCAAACCAUUUGAAUUCAGGAUCAAUAAAGAACAGUCAUCUUUCCACAACAGACUUCUGCAGCAUGAUCUGGAAAAAAACUAUUCAGGACGGCAAGGAGACCAAAAAGUAUUAAGUCCUUUGGUGCGUAAUAAGCAGAUAUAUCUUCCAGUACCGUCUAGUCUGACAGAACUUUCUGGUUUGGAGUUGAAGCAGAAUACAGGUUCUUUAUCAGGAUUUGGCGAGACUUCUAUUCACACACCCACAAAAUCCAGAUCCCGACAAAGCAGCCACGGUAUUAGUUCACAUGCUUCAGAUAACACAAAUUUUGGGAGCAGUUCAUCAAUAUCAUUUCCUGUAUUGCAACGUACUGCCGAAGAAAAAAUACUGAGCUCUGAUAGACUUACCCUGGAAAGGCAAAAACUGACAGUGUGCCCAGUUAUUGAUGGGGAAGAUCAUCUUCGCCUUUUGAAUUUCCAACAUAACUUUAUAACCCGGAUCCAAAAUAUUUCUAAUCUGCAACAUCUGGUUUUCCUAGAUUUAUAUGAUAAUCAGAUAGAGGAAAUAAGUGGGGUUUCAACACUGAGAUCCCUAAGAGUUCUUCUGUUGGGAAAGAACAGAAUAAAGAAGAUCUCAAAUCUGGAGAACCUAAAAAAUCUUGAUGUUUUAGAUCUUCAUGGAAAUCAGGAGCUGCUAGACACUUUCUGGAAACUGGUAUGGCCAGACUUGUACUGGUCUAAAGCAUGAGAUAAUUCAUUAUCCCUGGGAAGUUGUGUGACACCAGUCGGUAUCUUGCUUGUCUGCAUCAAAGUGCUGUUGGCAGUAAUAGCGUGCAAAUAGUGUGCUGGAGUUCAGGGUGUUGAAGGGAGCUUGCAGUGGUCCAGCAGAUGAUCAUUCUAACUGAAAGGGAAUUCAUUAUAGCUGUUAAUAGCUUUGUGUGCUGUAUCCUUGGAUGCACUGCCACACAUUGUGGAAGGCCAAAGUCUUUUCCACAGGAAAACGCACUGCCUUCUUUCUGCCAUAUAACAUGAGUUUCAGUAAGAAUAUAAUAGGAAUAUCCCACUAUGCUUCAUCUUCUCCAUGAUACGUUACUGUAUGCAAGUCCUACAUAAAUGUCUGGAUAGAUGCUGGAGGACAGAUCCCAGAUCACAAUG